ACUUUUCAUGGGUAGGGACCCCUGGUGUAUUUGACUUCAGUGUUAGAUCAUCUGAAUGCAGCACAUUGUCUUAAGACUUCUGCGUAGGUGUUGAUAACAGGAUACAGUACCAUGCAACACAUCUCUGAUUCCAAAUCGCAUCUGAGCAUGCCCCGGUCCCCAGCAGCUGACUCAUACCAGCAGGGCUGCAUCAGGAUGACCUUAGAGAACGCUGAUCUCUGGAAGUCCUUUCACAGCAUGGGGACAGAGAUGAUUAUAACAAAGCAUGGAAGGAGAAUGUUUCCACACUGCAGCAUCAGUCUGUCCGGGCUCCAACCUUUUGCCUAUUACGUGAUUAUGAUGGAUAUGGUGCCUGCAGACAGCUUCAAAUACAAGUGGAAAACGGAGCAGUGGGAGGUGGCAGGUAAGUCAGAGCCUCAGCCGCCUUGUCGGAUAUACGUGCACCCAGACUCCCCGGCCCCAGGAUGUCACUGGAUGAAGCAGUCAUUGUCUUUUCUUAAGAUGAAGCUCACCAACAACACCUUGGACCAGCAUGGCCAUAUCAUCCUGCACUCCAUGCAUCGCUACUACCCCAGGUUUCACAUCACCCAGGCAGACAGUCCUUACACUGUCCGCUGGGGCCCAUUUCAGACCUUCUCCUUCCCAGAGACAACGUUCACGGCAGUGACCGCUUACCAAAACCCAAAGAUCACCAAAUUGAAGAUCGACCAUAACCCCUUUGCCAAGGGAUUCAGAGAGGGAGGAACCCAUUCCCACAGCAAAAGGUGUCAUUCAAAUAGAAGUCCUCCUGCAAAAAGAACUGCACUGGAUAGAAAAUCUCUUUGCAUCAGUCAUCAAGACCUGCAGAGGAUGCCCUCCCUCUCUCAGUCAGUGGAAGCAGGGAAAGAUCAUGCUUCCACACAGCAGCCAUUCAAGCGGGGUAACCUCUCAGCCGUGGAGCUGGACCCUUCUGAGAGUCUACACGCUGAGCCAUUGGAGCUGCACGAGUAUGACUACAGUUGUGAAGAACAGAUGGUGCCUGCAUCUGUGCCACAUCAGCCCUACAGAGCUCAAGAGUAUUCCAGAUAUCCACUGCCUUCUAAUGACGUAGAUGGAGCGCACAACCUCGUUCACCCUCCACCUCAUCCUCACCACCACAGCCAUGCCACAGAUUGGAGCCAGUACCCACUCUUCCCCUACUCCUGUUGGUGAACUUUGACCCACUGAAAUAUUCUCAUCAUUGAUGGAGGAUAACACUACUAAAGCUUUGAA